AUGGCGGAAGGUUACAAGUAUAAGUGCUGCGAGGAGGGCGAGAAUUACGAUGCAAGCGUUCGGUGCAAUCGGUGUGGAGAUUGGUAUCAUUUUUCCUGCGUAAAUGUUCAAGACAGCGUAUCAGAAAGUGUUUGGUUCUGCGUAAAAUGUAUAACGGACGAGCCAUCGCUUUUGGAAUCGUUCGCUUCGGCAGGGAAUACAAAAACUCGUCGUGGUCCCCCGCGUGCAUGCAAAGAAAAACAUAAAAAAAACCCUAAAUCGAAAUUACCCUCCAAGAAUAUCGUUAAAACAGCUAAGAAAGGUCAGGUCGAGCAACAGGAUGAUAGGCAGGCAGUUAGAUCGGAUGCUAGAACAGAAAGCACGUAUACCGGCGCCAUUAGAAAGUCUCUUUUACGUUUCCCAGAUACCAAUUCUUCUGUUAUUGGAACGCGGAGUGAAGAUAAAAAAAGUGAGUGCAGUGCAAGUAGUGCUGGUAGCAGGUCGUCAAAGGCUUCAACGCGUGAGAAGGCAAAGCGUGAGCUACAACGGUUGCAAGAAGAGAACACGCAAAGGCGCCAAGAAGAAGAAAUUGAGCGAAAAUUAUUGGAGAUGGAGCUGAAAGGAAUCAGGCGUGAGAAGGAGCUCAUGGAACGCAGACAUGUUUUAGAAAGGCUUGCGGAAGAAGAAACUGAACCCGAAGGCGAUUCCAGCGAGGAUGAAGAGUAUAAUCUCCGGAAAAGAGUUGAAGAUUGGCAAAAGGAUUCCGAGGUGGGUCGAAGCGAAACGACGUACGAACAGCGAAAACAAUCGACACCUAAGGAGGAGGACCGUCAAGAAAAGGAAAUUUCUGGAUGUGAAAUAGCUUGUGGUGGAAUUGGUUUGCCAGAAAUAAGUAGCGUCGCAUCGAAGUCUUUUAAAGGUACGGCUUUAAGCACUACAAAACUCUCCGAUGGCGCAUCUCAGCUGCAGAUAAUCGCGUCUAGGCAAGUUUACCCAAAGAGCUUGCCGAAAUUCUCAGGUCGACCCGAAGAAUGGCCAAUAUUCAUAAGCUCAUAUGAACAAUCGAAUACAGCCUGCGGAUUUAGUGAUUCAGAGAAUCUGGUUCGUCUACGCGAGGCUUUGACUGGAAAGGCAUUGGACGUGGUGCGGAAUCGUUUACUUCUUCCAGAAAACGUUCCUUUCAUAAUUCAAAAGUUACGCAGACGUUUUGGAAACCCCGAAGUUCUUUCAACGAUAUUGGCCGAUCGUAUACAGACCCUUCCGGGCCCCAACUCAGAAGAUCUGGAGUCUGUUAUUGAGUUUGGGAGUGCCGUUGAGGAGGUUACUCAGCACAUGAAAGCAGCGAAAUUGACAGAUCAUCUUCGAAAUCCUAUCUUGAUGCAGCGGUUGGUUCAGAAGCUACCCUCGGUCUACGCAAUGGAAUGGGUGGAGUUCAAGCGAAAACGGAUAGCGGUGGAUCUGGAGGUGUUCGGAGAAUUUAUGGAAGAGUUGGUGGACAAAGCGCUGGAGGUAACAUAUGCGCCGUGCAACAUCGAAGACCCGGUGAGAGGGAGACGGCGUGAAAAACCGGUGGUUAAAGGAUUUGUCAACAUUACGGAUACUGAUGGUCACAAGUGCUGUACAUGCAGUCAACAGGAGUUUGAAAAUGUUCCUCCGUCUAGAACAGCUGUCUCUUCCGAAAACUAUCACUCUAAGGGCUGCUCGAUUUGCGGGUUGGCAGGACAUUUUGGACGCAAUUGCAAUGAAUUCAGAGCAUCGAAUUUGCAGGAACGUUGGAACAUGGUACAGCGGUUAGAGUUGUGCCCAUUGUGCCUGUACAACCAUAACGGAAAACAUUGCAUGUCGAAACGCCGAUGUGGUACGAACCGUUGUGAUCAGAGACAUCAUCCACUCUUACACUGGGAGUCAAAUUCAAACGCACCGCAUUUGAUUGCGAGCUGCAACAGUCAUCGACAGUCAGUCAUAUUUCGAAUGAUUCCUGUAGUGGUUUACAGCGACCUAAAAAAACUGAAGGCGUUAGCGCUGAUAGACGAAGGAUCAUCAGUGACACUGAUUGAGGACGAACUAGCUAAGGAGUUGGGAUCAAAGGGAAACAUAGAACCUCUGGAAAUGAGUUGGACCAACGGAAUGAGUACGGUGGAGAAUCGAUCAGCUAAAAUACACCUUCAAAUAUCGGCUGUAGAUGACAUGAACCGCUUCGAUCUGAUUGAUGCUAGAACCGUCCGUAAACUGGACUUACCCAUGCAAUGUUUGGACAGCGGUGAGCUGCGUGAGAAAUUCUUACACCUGCGGGACAUUGAAAUCCCAAGCUACGGGUCAACAAAACCGAAGUUGUUGAUUGGAAUCAACAAUGCUCAUCUUAUCGCCCCGCUUCAAUCCCGAAUAGGAGAGUUAGGAGAACCCGUCGCUAUACAAUGUCGGCUAGGAUGGAGUUUGUACGGACCACGAACAGGUGUAGUAGCCAAUGUACAUUUCUUGGGACAUCACCGCUCCUGCGACGAGUGCGAUAGAAACGACCGAGAAAUGAAUGAGUCCUUGAAAGAAUAUUUUAGCAUCGAAGCAGUUGGGAUAUCUCCAGUUCUGCUGGAAUCGAACGUAGACCGGCGAGCUCGCGAAAUAUUGGAGCGAACGACAAGACGUACAGGAGAUCGUUUCGAAUCUGGGUUGCUGUGGAAAACAGACAACGUGAGGUUCCCGGAGAGUUAUCAAAUGGCUUUGAAACGAACAAAUAGCUUGGAUCGUAGAAUGGAUAAGCAGCCGGGCGUUCGUGAGGCCAUUUUAAAACAGUUGCACGAGUACAUCGAGAAGGGUUACGCUCAUUUGAUUACAGAGCUAGAAUUACAAAACACUCCGCCGGAGAGGACGUGGUACCUGCCCCUAAACUUUGUAAUUAAUCCGAAGAAGCAAGGAAAGAUGCGUCUAGUAUGGGACGCCGCUGCUAAGAACAAAGGAGUUUCGCUCAACGAUUUUCUUCUGAAAGGGCCGGAUAUGGUUUCGUGUUUAUCAACAGUUAUCAACGGUUUUCGGGAGAGACGGAUUGCUUUUGGAGCGGACAUUCGAGAAAUGUUCCACCAGAUACGUGUGAGAUCGGAGGACCGCCAGGCUCAACGCUUCUUGUUUCGUACAGAUGUCGAACGAGAGCCGCAGAUAUUUGUAAUGGACGUGGUGGUGUUCGGAGCUAGCUGUUCUCCUUGUACAUCGCAGUACGUCAAAAACUUAAAUGCUCGAGAGCAUGCAGUGCAGUACCCUGAGGCGGCAAAGGCUAUCAUCGAGAAGCAUUUCGUCGACGAUUAUUUUGAUAGUGUUGACACGGAAUGUGAAGCUGUUCAGAGGGCUAAGGAUGUAAAAGCGGUACAUGCAGCUGGCGGCUUCGAAUUGCGGAACUGGAUGAGUAAUUCUCCUGAAGUGCUCAAAGAACUUGGCUCUACUUCCAUGGAAUCUGCUAGGUUUGUUGAAGUUAACAAAACUGAUAAUGUUGAACGUGUUCUGGGUAUCAGUUGGAAUGCCGUCAAGGAUACAUUUGUUUUUUCGACAGACAUGCGCGCGGACCUGCACCCCUUUAUUAAGGAAGGUGCAUGGCCCACUAAACGAAUUGCGUUGAGGUGCAUCAUGAGCAUGUUUGACCCGAAACAAUUUCUGGCGCCAAUCCUGAUCCAUGGACGGAUAAUUAUGCAGGAUGUAUGGCGAAGUGGAAUCGAAUGGGACGAUAAAUUGAGAGAGGAGCAGUAUCACCAAUGGUUACGUUGGACAAAUCUAUUUCCGUUGAUCGACACCGUUGAAAUUCCUCGUUGUUACCUUGGCAGAUUCGACUCAACAUCGUACGAGAGUGUACAGUUGCACGUUUUCUCCGAUGCCGGUGAAGACGCGUAUGGCACUGUUGCAUACUUCCGGUUUGUGAAAGAUGAACUGAUUCAUUGUGCCUUUAUCGAAGCCAAAGCCAAAGUUGCUCCAUUACAGCACAUGUCGAUACCCAGGAAAGAAUUGCAAGCCGCGACAUUGGGGGCCCGCCUUGCAAAAGGCAUACGAGAGAGUCAUUCCUUUCCAAUUACCAAAACGGUUAUGUGGACAGAUUCGAAGGCGGUUUAUUCGUGGAUUAGAUCAGAGCGGAAGAAAUUUAAAGAAUUCGUAGCUCAUCGUGUUGGUCAGAUCUUAAGCUUAACCAAUCCUGAAGACUGGCGAUGGGUACCAUCAAAAGAAAAUGCAGCAGAUGAUUUAACUAAAUGGGGGAAAGGAACGGAAAUCAAUUCAGAUAGUCGGUGGUUCAAGGGUCCUGAAUUUUUGCACCAGUCGGAAGAAAAUUGGCCAGAACAAAACCAGAAUAUUAUAGUCAUCGAGGAUGAAGUUCGAGCUCAUGUUCUGUUCAGCGCUACAACUUGUACGGAUGUUUUUGGAAGCCGGAUUGAGCAUAUAUCGAGGUGGACUAUUUUAGUGCGCAUGGUGGCAACAGUGUACCGUUACGUCGAAAAUUGCAAGCUUCGAGUGGCAAAUAAACCGAUAGACGCCCUUCCUACAAAUGCGGCCGGCAGAAAAUCGCAGAUUCCAGGAGUGGUUGUACCCCUUCGACAAGAAGAAUAUUUCAUGGCGGAAAAUUGUUUGUGGCGGAUGGCGCAGCAGGAGGAAUACGCGGAUGAAAUAGCUCUACUGUCACGAAACCGAAAAGUACCGAAGGAUCAGCAGAGACAACUGGAACGUUCUAGCAAUCUGUAUGACAAAUCGCCCUUUCUUGAUGAGUUCGGAGUUCUACGGGUAGAAGGAAGAACAGUAUUCGCAGAUUUCGCUAGCUAUGAUGCAAGAUUCCCAAUAAUUCUUCCCAAAAGGCACCCGAUAACUAGGAAAUUGGUCGAAAAUUGUCAUCAAAGAACGAAUCACAGCAGCAGAGAAACAGUUGUUAACGAACUAAGGCAGCGUUUUUGUAUUGGGUCCCUGAGAGCAAUUGUAGAGUCGGUUAUAAAGGAAUGUCAGUGGUGCAAAGUGCACAAAGCGCGACCGUUCAUUCCCAAAAUGGCACCUUUACCGAGACAACGAAUGGCCCUGGGAGUAGAGCCAUUUUCAUAUGUUGGAUUAGACUAUUUUGGUCCACUAGAAGUUUCUGUUGGAAGACGACGAGAAAAGCGUUGGGUGGCCUUGUUUACAUGCAUGACGACUCGUGCCGUGCAUCUGGAGGUGGCUCAUACUUUGAAUACGGAAUCGUGUAAAAUGGCUAUCCGAAGGUUUGUGAAGAGGAGGAGAAGUCCGCUUGAAAUAUUUUCCGAUAACGGAACGAAUUUCGUUGGAGCCAGUAGAGAACUAGCCGCUGCGAUCCGAAAGAUCAAUGGAGACUGUGCCGACACUUUCACAUGCUCAAAAACUAAGUGGACCUUCAAUCCACCAGCAGCACCACAUAUGGGUGGAGUAUGGGAGCGGAUGGUUCGAUCGGUAAAGGUAGCCUUGAACACAAUCGUAGACGGAGGAAAACUCACGGAUGAGAUUCUAUCUACUGCUUUAGUGGAAGCAGAGGAUUUGAUCAACUCAAGACCACUGACAUAUGUUUCGACAAAUGUCAAGGAUGACCUGGAAGCUCUCACGCCGAACCAUUUUUUGAAAGGUUGUGCCGCCGAAUGUCUUCCACCUCGGAGUCAAACAGAACAAGUGGACGCUUUACGAAGCAGAUACCAUCGCGCACAGCAACUGGCUGACAAGUUAUGGCAAAGGUGGCAGCAUGAAUAUUUUCCCAGUUUAAAUAAACGCACAAAAUGGUUUGAAGACGUCAGAGAAAUAGCUGUAGGAGAUCUAGUGUUCGUACAGGAAGAAAAUAAACACGAAAGAGGAAUCGUCACAGAGGUCAAAGUCGGUAUGGAUGGGAGAGUUCGCUCAGCAGUUGUGCAGGUGAACAAUAAAAAGAAGCUGCGACCAGUGUCAAAAUUGGCUGUACUCGAAGUUGAAAGUGGUAAACCCAGCAGAAAUUAACCGAUGGAAUAACUACUGGGCUUACGGGUGGGGGUAUGUUGUACGCAAAUUCGACCACUGUGCGUCAGAAAAACAUUGAUGACGGAUCGAUGAUGAUUGAUAAGAUAGGUGUAGAAUUGUGUACGGAAUAGGUAUAGAAUUGUGUACAGAAAUUUGUGUUAGUAAAAGUAUGAUGAAUGUUUACACCAUUUUGUUCUGUUAUGAAUUCGGUUUAGCUAGAAAGAGUUUGUGAUCAAAUUGAUUUGGAGUAAUUUGAGUGAUUACGGGCACUGCCGCUUAUCGGAAAGUUUUAGCGAAACUCUAGACUGGAUCUAUCGAGUGCGAGUGCCGUUGAAUCGACAGGAAUUACUGAGCAAAUUGAUUGAGUCCAUGCGUACCGUAAGUAACCGAAUUUCGGAAGGAGAGCAAAAUUUAAAUGUUUAUAUGUUUAGGUUUAAUGUGCUGAAAGCCGUGUAUUGUGGAAAGAAGUUGGCCAGUCUGAUCUCACGUGACGUAAGUUUUUAGAUUUAGUUUAAAGCAUAGCCUAAUAAGAAAAUUAUUUAAUAGGACCUGAUAAAAGGCAGUCGUAGUAGCCAUCGAGGAAGUAAUCUUGUGUGAAGUAGGAAACUUUGAAUGUAAGCGACCAUGUGAUAUGUUUUUUUUUGUAUCUAAUUGUAAUUCAAUUAUAGCUUUGAGUCCUUUGAAUCCAUCACUACAAAGACUUGUUUCCCUACCCUUGAGA